AUGGCCUCCACUGAACUCUCCUCCAAGAAGCGCAAGCGCGCCGAGGCCACCGCCACCUCCACGGACGACGCCGCCGCCGCCGUGACCAAGAAGUCCAAGUCCGACAAGAAGGAGAAGAAGGAAAAGAAGGACAAGAAGGCCGCCGAGGCCGAGCCCGCGACCGAGUUCAUCGCCCUCGAGGAGUCCAAGGCCGAAAAGAAGGAGCGCAAGCGCAGGGAGAAGGAGGCUCGCAAAGCGGCUGAGGCCGCAACAGAAGACGCCGCCGACGCUUCGGCUAUGGACAUCGACCCCCCUACGCCCGCCGCCGCCGCGGAAGACUCCAAGAAGGACAAGAAGGAGAAGAAGAGCAAGAAGUCCAAGUCCGGCGCCGCGGAGGAAGAAGACAAGACGGAAAAGAAGGAGAAGAAGGACAAGAAGGAAAAGAAGGACAAAAAGGACAAGAAGAAGGACAAGGAUACGGACGGCGAGGCCGCCGCCACUGCCAUCACCCAAGACAAGACCGACAAGUCGAAAAAGAAGUCCAAGAAGUCGAAAAAGUCCAAGGACGAGCCCGCCGCCGCCGAGGCGUCCGAGCCCGCUGCGGCCACCGCCGAGGAAGAAGAGACCCCCGCCGAGGGAGCAAAGAGGGAGAAGUACAUUGUCUUCGUUGGUAACCUCCCCUACACGGCCAACAAGGACUCCAUCAUGGCGCACUUCGCCGCCUACAAGCCCACCACCGUCCGCUGCCUUAACAAGGACGGCAACCCCAACGUCUGCCGCGGCAUCGCCUUCCUCGAGUUCUCCAACGGCUCCAACAUGCGCACCUGCCUCGACAAGAUGCACCACACCGAGUUCGACGACGGCCUGUCGGCCCCGCGCCGCGUCAACCUCGAGCUUUCUGCCGGCGGCGGCGGAAAGAGCAAGUUCCGCAAGGAAAAGAUCAAGGAGCGCAACGUCCACCUCGACGAGAACCGCGCCAAGCGCCUGCAAAAGGAGGAGGAGUACAAGAAGCAGCGGGCGUCCCAGGGCGGGGUGAACUCUCAGCAGGACAGCAUCCACCCGAGCCGCUUGGCCAUGAUGUACCAGUAG